AUGUCGUUCUGGGACCGAUUCCUCGCGCCCGGUGACCUUCGCCGGGAAAGUCAGCCCGCUGUAUCUUCGCCUCCGCCAAACCUCGAUGCUCCCAUUGCUCCCACCGUCCCGACUCGGAUAGACGCUGCGCAUCGGCGUCGUCGCCAGGAUGCCAUGUUCUUCGGUGGACUUGCAUUCACAUUCCUUACUGCAUUUGUAACAAGACGAGCACUGUACAAGAAGCAGCUGGCGGUCUWCCCACAUCUCAAGCAGACAAAGCUCAAAAAUCCAAACGCAAAGAUUGAACUCCCACAAUUCACGCCUUCAAAUGCUGCACCAAAGGCAGAUGGUGGAUUGGAUGCAGCAGAGGCGCUUUUUCUCGCAACGCUCAAUGUGGCAGCCAUUUUCAUGGCAGCUACGGGAGGGGCUAUGAAGUACUUUGAUGUUGCCGACAUCGAGGAUCUCAGGGAGGCUGUGCGCAAAGGCAUCGGCUAUGAUGUCUACUCUGGGGACAGUGAAGCGGACAAGGAGAUUGAGGACUGGUUUGCAGAGGUGCUGAGCAGGAAGGACGGGACAGGUGAUAUCAAAACCACCAUUAUGGAGAAGAUGGCUGAGCUGGCAGAGAUUGAAAAGCGACGAAAGUUGGAGUCCAAAGAGGCUGAUCUGUUGCAGAGCAUACAAAAGAAGAGGGAGCUGUUGGAAAAGGGAGAGUAG